CAUCUGUUUGUUAAUGCCAUUACAACGUCAAAACUGUCAAUGGAAUCGAUGAGUUUUGAGGUUAGGUUCAUGUUGUGAUUGUUUUUCUAAUUUUGAAGAGUUCUAUUUAAAAAAUGUCUCACUUGAUACGUACAACAGCAUUUUUACCCAAAAAUCUAAUUGUAAGAUGUUACAACAAAAUAGUGAUGACUGAUGAUGGAUCUACUAUAGUAGCACUUCACCGUGAGCAAGAGUUCCCUUACGAAUUUUCGAAACCCCUUCCAGAAGAAAUUAAGGAUGAUUCGAUUUUAAAAAUGAAUGAUAUGAAAGAAAUACAACGAGUUUUUGGAAAUGUUAAACCCGAAAUUGCCAGGGAGCAGUUGUCAGAGUUAACAUUAACAACGAAACACAGGUGGUUUCCUAGGGCACGGGACAAGAGGGCAAAGAAGAAUGAAAUGAAUAGACCUUAUUUGUAGACUAUAUUAGUAUGUAAUAGAAUUGUUGAGUUGUAAUAAACUAUGUAAUAGUUA